UGCCAAUCGAGGUCAUGGCGAAAGCAGCGAUCCAUGCGGGCCGGCGCGCCUUCAAGCACCAAGGCCAAGUGAUCUACGAGUGGGAGCAGUCGCUCGAAGAGGUCAACAUCUUCAUCAAGCCGCCGCCGGGUGUCACCGCGAGCCACUUGCUCUGCACGAUUUCGCCGAGCCACGUCAUGCUGGGCAUCAAGGGCAACGCCGAGCGCUACCUCGACCACGAGUUGACGAGCCAAGUCGUCGUGGCCGAGAGCUACUGGAUGCUGGACGGUGGCGAACUCAACAUCAAUUUGCAAAAGAUGAAGAAAGGCUUGACGUGGGACGCGGUCUUUGUCGGCCAUGGCGAGCUGGAUCCGUUGACAAAAGAUGAAGUGCAAAAGAAGCUGCUGCUCGAGCGCUUCCAGCAAGAGAACCCGGGCUUUGAUUUUUCCAACGCCGAGUUCAACGGGUCCGCCCCAGACGCCCGCACGUUUAUGGGCGGCGUCCGCUACAACUAACAUCCAGAAGCUCCUCUUAACUUCGGCGGACUCUCGUCAACUUGUCAGCGAGUCGUCUCGUCGACUCGUCGGCUAGCGA